CUGGUGCAGGCAGUGGCGCUUACGCCUUCUACUGACACCUGCCUCCCACGGUGCCACCGCUCCAUCCCGUAGGUGCCGUCGCUCGAUGAGAGCCACGCGUCUCUUCCUUCACCCGCACCAUAAAGCCACGAGGCUAGAAUAACAAGCGCCGUCUGACAUCACAGCAACAGGUAUAGUCGCUUCUGCAUUCCGCGUUGGCUGCGAAUAGAAUAAGGCGUCUGCGAGAUGAUUGGGACUACGGAAGUAGUGUUCCUGUCGGAGAAAAUGAGAACUUGAUGUACCUUCAACGGCACCUGUGAGACGGUCACUGAAGCCGUGGGGGAAUUCGCCGUUGGCCUGAUCACACCUGUAGCGAACCACAUCAUGCCGGGACACAGACGCCAGCCGAGUAUUGAGUUCCUGGAGCUGAUGGGGGUGGUGAAGGAGAACGGUGGAGAUCAUGUGGGGGUUCCCCAUGAGAACGCCCCUCUGUGCUACGACUACGUCCUGGUAGGAAAAACCAAGGAGGAGCAGGACAAAGAGUCCUACAAGAAGCAGAAGGCCUUCAUCGAGGCAUUAAAAUGCAAGAAGUUAAAAGUCACGAAAAUAUUAUAUGACGACAUAAACUAUUAUGGGAUCCAAGCCCCUAAGGAGAUCUUCGAGAGGUACAGACAUCUACUGAAGGUGUCUGAUGCCUGCAGCUGGAGCGAUGAACAGAACGCUAUGCCCUUCAGAACUAGGAUAAGAAUCGUCCACUACAUCGUGAAUCACACCGCUAUCAGCACGGGAGAGGAUCUUCGCGGUCUGCUGAAGAAGAAGGUGUUUGAUGCCAGGUUCUGCUUGCAUGAGAAGAAGAAGCAGAGAGAGCUGAGGCAGAGCUGGGCUCGCUGGACAGCCUGUUUCCAGGGGCAACCCAUAACGGCUGUCAGGAACUACUUCGGGGAGAAGGUGGCUCUCUACUACCUGUGGCUGGGCUGGUACACAUACCUCCUCAUCCCUGCUGCCGCCGUAGGCCUGGUGGUGUUCCUCUACGGCCUGGCCUACUUCAACAGCUCUCCGCUAAUAAAGGAGGUGUGUGAGUCCAAAGCAGUCAUGUGUCCCCUCUGUGACAAGCGAUGCCAAGUGUGGCAGCUCUCGGACACCUGCACAUAUACCAAGCUGAGUCUGCUCUUUGACAAUGGUGGCACUGUCUUCUUCGCCAUGUUCAUGGCAGUGUGGGCGACUUUGUUUCUGGAGUUCUGGAAGAGACACCGAGCCUCCUAUGUGUGUGAGUGGAAGGUUUCGGACUGGAAUGAAGAGGAGGACGACCUGAUUCUGGGGAUUGUGAAUAACCCAGACGCUGAACCCAAGCAGUACAAGCACUCGUACCUGCGCAGCACUUUGGUGCUGAUAUGUGUGACGCUGAUGAUCCUGGUGAUCAUCGGGCUCACCCACGCCCUGGUGGUCGUCAGGGUGAUGGCGGCGGUCAUGAUGGCCGAGGGGUCCUGGAAGCUGCUCAGUGACCACUCCAACCUGGGGUCCAUGGUGCUGGGGGCCUUCCUCCACUACGUCAUCAUCACCGUCAUGACGCGGAUCAACAGGAUUGUGGCCAGGAAACUCUGUGAUAUAGAGGAAACAAGGUCCUUCUCCGCCACCGAGAAGAGCUUCACCGUCAAGAUGUUCACCUUCCAGUUCUUCACCUACUUCUCCUCUCUCUUCUACGUCGCCUUCUUCCUCGGCAGGAUAAACGGGCACCCUGGUCGCUACUCACGGAUCGCAGGGAAAUGGAGGCUGGAGGAGUGUCAUCCCAGCGGGUGUCUGACAGAUCUGUUCAUCCAGAUGGCCAUCAUCAUGACCCUCAAACAAACCAUCAGCAACGUGUUCGAGUUCACGGUUCCAUUGUUUCAUCGCUGGCUGAAGAGGAAGAGGACCAAGAAGCUUCAGAGGAGGUGCGGCCACUGCUUCAAGAAGGAUGACUCUGAGGGCUUCAGUGGAGCCGAGCUGUGUGAGAACUGCAAGCUCAGGGACUGGUUCCGCAACUACCGGCUCGAUGACGUCAACUCCUUCAGCCUGUUCAAUGAGUUCCUGGAGAUGGUCAUCCAAUUCAGCUUCACCACAAUAUUCGUGGCAGCGUUCCCCCUCGCUCCGCUGCUGGCCCUCAUCAACAACAUCAUCGAAAUACGCCUGGACGCCAUCAAGAUGGUCACUCUGGAACGCAGGAUAGUGCCUAAGAAAACCAACGACAUCGGGAUCUGGACAGAGGUCCUGGAGGCCAUCGGCGUCAUGGCGGUCAUCGCCAAUGGCCUGGUGAUCGGCGUGUCGUCAGAUUUCAUCCCCCGGAUCGUGUACCACUACCGCUACGGACCCUGCGCCAACGGCAGCACCGCCGCCGGCAGCGACUGCAUGGCGGGCUACAUCAACAACACGCUGUCCAUCGCCCACAUGGCCGACCCGGACAUACGCAACGAGUUCCUGCCAGAGCAGAUGAUCACCCCCAGCGGGCUGAACUUCUCCUCCUGCAGCUACAAAGACUACCGGAGCGACGGAGACUACAGCUUCACCCCACAGUUCUGGCUGAUCUUAGCUGUACGUUUUGCCUUUGUCAUCCUUUUUGAGCACGUUGUGGUCAUAUUUAAAUUUGUGGCAGCCUGGUGUGUCCCGAGCGCACCCAUAGAGGUGAAGAACAUCCGACUCCUUGACAAGUUCAACCAACUGAAGCAGGAGAACAGCUUAUUUGUAGAGAAAGAAGUGUCAAAAGGAGAAUGAAUGAAGACUGCCAAAUACAAUUUGAAGUUGAACCAACCACCAGUAGCUGCCUCUGACGCAGUUAAGCACUUCCGUUGGAAAUAUGUUUGCUAUCUUAACUUGAUGACUGUGAGGGACUCAUGUGAACACAUCCAAUGUGUUGACAAUGUGUGACUACGUUGAGCUUCUCACUUGAAGAUGGGUCCUGCACCGCCUCUUGUCAGCCACAAGGUGUGGCCAAAGCCUAACGCCUAACCUUUACGCGGAGAUGAAGGAGAAACAAAGUGUGUUGGACAAAGCCUUUUAUACCGGUGUUAUUUAAUACAAGCAUGAUGAACAGAGUUGUUUUUUAUUGACGUUGCACUCCGACUUAAGAUAAAAGUCAUGAUUGAAAUGAAGCACUGCAGCUUCUACGAACGGCAAGACACAGUGAUACAGUGAAACUCAUUUAAGGAGUCUCGACUGGGCCAUAUGGAUCCACGUAGGAACGAAACCAUGUAUUGACUGACUCAUGUAAUGAUAUCCUUUCCAUUGCAGAACUGUGUUAUUUCAUAUCUUGAAAUAUUGAAAUUAAAAUUAUCUUGGGAACCAC